AUGCCAAAUGACCUAAUUUGCUAUUGCACUAAAAUAGUAACGUCCAGAUGUUAUGAUGAACACAAAUUCUCUGCACAGGCUGAAGGGGGACAUGCUCUGAACUACGCUGCUUUGCAUUUCGCUGGAGGGAAAACCACAAGAGGAAAUAAGAAGAAGAGAGAGCUGGGGACAGAGGAAAGCACCUCUGCAGGUGCUGUCAGUUUCCUUUCAGACAUUGUGCAUAAUUCACUGGUUCCAGUGGUCACAGUUCAACUUGGGGAACCUGUGACUUUGACAUGUACUCUGCCUGAUGAAACGAGGAGCACUGAUAAAAUUCAGUGGUCCAGGCAGAGUGCAGGGGAUGCCCUUGAAUCUAUUGUGAUGCUGUGGAAAAAUCAAAAACCAAAGUUUGGUCCAAGGUUUUCUGACACAAAGCUAACAGCAACAUUCAAUGGAAAGAUCAGCACACUGACCAUUAUGGGGACGAGCAGAGAAGAUGAGGGAAUGUAUCACUGUGCCAUCAUUGAAUAUUCCGCUGUUACCUGGAGGGGGACUUAUUUGUCAAUAAAAGGAAACAGUCAGAAAAUGUCAAACUACUCCGUAGUCAGGCAGUCAGCGGUUUCAGAUCCAGCUGGUUCAGGAGACUCGGUGACUCUGCAGUGUUCAGUCCUCUCUCACUCUGAGAACCAGACGUGUUCAGGAGAUCUCAGUGUGUUCUGGUUCAGAGCUGCAUCAGAUGAAUCUCAUCCACACAUCAUCUACUCUGAUGGAAACAGAGCUGAUAAAUGUAACCAGAAAGCUGACACUCAGAGGAGAUGUGUGCAUCACUUCUCUAAGAGCAUCAGCUCCUCUGAAGUUGGGACUUACUACUGUGCUGUGGCCACAUGUGGAGAAAUAUUAUUCGGAGAUGGAACCAAAGUGGAACCUGAGUCUAAAAGUUUUGAAUUCAAAUUGCUGGUGAUCCUAAGCAUCAGCUUUGGCAUUUCCGCGAUUGUAAAUAUUUUCUUCAUCUUUCAUAAAAUACAAAGAACAAUACGUGGUAAAGUCAAAGAGAGCACUUCAUUACAAGGAGGACAUAUCAACUCAAGCCAAACAGCAGAUAAUUCAGCUGAAGGGGGACAAGAUCUUAAUUACGCUGCACUGCAUUUCUCUGGAGGGAAAUCUACAAGAGGAAAGAAGAAAAAAGAGCUGAGAACCGAAGAAAACACGUUGGCUCCAGUGACCACAGUUCAUCUUGGUCUUCCUGUGACAUUGACAUGUCCUGUGGAUGAGGAAAUUAAAACCAGCACGGAAAUGUACUGGUACAAGCAGAGCAUAGGGGAAAGUCUGAAAUUAAUUGCAAAGCUGUAUAAAAAGGGAAAACCUACUUAUAGUUCAGGAGAAGCUUCUGCCUCGAGACUAAACAUGGUCUUUAAUGGGAAAUCCAUUAGUCUGACUAUUUACAGGACUGUCCCAGAAGAUGAAGGAAUGUAUCACUGUGCUAUCAUUGACUGGUUGAAAAAUACUUGGAGUGGAACCUAUUUGUUUUUAAAAGGAAAUCAUCUGAGGAUGUCAAACUACACUGUUGUCCAGUCGCCACCCGCAUUCGAUUCAGACCAUCCGGGAGACUCAAAGACUCUUCAGUGUUCAGUCCUCUCUGACUCCGAGAACCAGACAUGUUCAGAUUUCAGUGUGUUUUGGGUCAGAGCUGCAUCAAAUAAACUGGAUCCACACAUCAUUUACUCUAAUGGAAGCAGGGCUGAUAAAUGUAACCAGAAAGCUGACACUCAGAGGAAAUGCGUGCAUCACUUCUCUAAGAGCAUCAGCUCCUCUGAAGUUGGGACUUACUACUGUGCUGUGGCCACAUGUGGAGAGAUAUUAUUUGGAAAUGGAACCAAAGUUGAAACUGUGGAAUCGGAGUUUACUGCCCUGAUGGUUGCGCUAAUCUGUCUGGGCUUUUCUGUGACUGUAAACAUUGCUUUGAUUAGUUGCUGCACAAAAACAGCAUGUGGAAAAGGACCAAAAAACAACUCUUCACAAAAAAGAGAUGACAACAGAAGCAAACCUAGAGAUGAAACUACUGAAGGUGAACAGGACCUAAACUACGCUGCACUACCUUUCUCUGAGGGGAAAGCUAGGAAAACAAAGAGGAACAAAAUUGUCAACAGUGAAGAAAAUAGCUUGGUUUCAGAUAUCACAGUUCCACUCGGUGAACCCGCAACCCUGACUUGUGCUUUGCCUAAAAGAUGGUUAGACGUCAAAAGUAUUUACUGGUACAAGCAGAGUAGCGGUGAUAAUCUGAGACUCAUUUCGGUGAUUUGGAAAAAUACAAACUCCACAUACGGACCAGGAUUUUCUGCCAAAAAACUGAAGACAAGAUGCCGUGAGAAAUUUUGCAAUCUGACCAUUUUCAAGACAGUUCAUGAUGAUGAGGGGAUGUACCACUGUGCAGUCAUUGACUGGAUUGAGAAUAUAUGGAGUGGGAUCUAUUUGUCACUAAAAGGAAACAAUCAGAGGACCAAAAACUACACGGUUGUCCGGCAGUCAGCAGUUUCAGAUCCAGCUGGUUCAGGAGACUCAAACACCCUGCAGUGUUCAGCCGUCUCUCACUCUGAGAACCAGACGUGUUCAGAUCUCAGUGUGUUCUGGUUUAAAGAUGUAUCACAAAACUCUCAGCCAGACAUUAUCUACUCUGACAGAAACAGACGUAAUGGAUGUCAGAAGAGAAGUGGUACUCAGAAGAGAUGUGUGCAUCACUUCUCUAAGAGCAUCAGCUCCUCUGAAGUUGGGACUUACAACUGUGCUGUGGCCACAUGUGGAGAGAUAUUAUAUGGAGAUGGACCCAAAUUGGAACCUGAUCAGCUGCCGAGCUCUAAAUUCACUUUGCUGAUGGUCGUGAUAACGUGCUUGACCAUUUCUGUGAUCGUAAACGUUGUUUUUGUCUUUUACGGAUUGCUAAGAGCAGCAUGUGAUCAAACCAAAGGGAUGGAAGGUACAUCUUUACAGGAAAGGCAUGACGACUUGCGCCAACAGAGAGAUGAUAUU